CAGUCAGAUGUGUUUUGUGCGGUAAACAUAUAACGUGAUGGUUUGUUGUUAGUUGUGUGUGCAAAAAAGUAAAUUUUUUCUUUCUUUUCUCCACAAAUUACUAAAUAGUGAGUGUAACUAAGAUAAAGUUAAUUAAGCAACAUAAAAGAGAAGUAAAAAAUAAUUGAAAACGUAACAGAAAAGUAGAUUUCAUUAACAAACCAAUCCAAAUAAGCUGAAAAAUUGGCAUUUUUUGUGUAAAUUAAAGAGAAAAAAAGGUGACAAAAAGGUUAAUUAACAAAUAAAACAUCUAACUAAACGACCUAUAAGUGAAGUAUAUUAAAGGGAAAAAAAGAAAACACAAAAAGGGGAGUGGAAGAAAAUUAAAUACAAGAAAGUAGCAAUUCACUCACUGGUAGGCAACUACGACAUCAACGACGACAACAGCAAAAUACAAGUGGAAAUUUUAAUUGUUUGAAUAAGAAGUGUAUGUGUAAAAAUUAUUUUUUUUUAUAGUUGUAACAGCAACAAUACUACAAACAAAUUUGCAAAACAAAAACGUAAUUGUAAUAAAAUUUAUUAUAAUUGAAUAUCAUUUGUGGUUUUUUUUUUUGCUGUUGUUAUUCUCGUAAAUAUUGAUUUAUCACUUACUACUCACCCUAACUAAUACGAAACUAUUUAGUUGAAAUGGCCCCAGCUUUAAGUAAAUUGCGCGAAAAUCAAAAUGCCAUUGUGGGUCUUACGGGCAUAUCGGCUGCUCUUUGGAUCAUAGGCUAUGGAAAAAUGAAUAGCAAACGCAGAAAACCUGGCUAUGAAGAAAAAAUCCAAUACACAAUAGCCGAGAAAAAGGAUAGGAAAUCACCAAAAGCCCAUGUCAAUGCUGUUUUCUUCAAACAAUUAAAGAAAUUAUUGCCAAUUUUAAUCCCUGGCUUUUGGAGUGUUGAAAGUGGUUUGCUAUUUUUAGUGGCAGCUUCACUUAUUGGUCGUUCCGUCAGUGAUAUUUGGAUGAUACAAAAUGCCACCGUUGUUGAAAGUACAAUUAUACACAUGAAUAAAGCCGGCUUUAGAACGGCUUUAAUGAAAUACUUAGCUGCUUUACCAAUGAUUUCAGUGGUAACCAACAUUUUGAAAUGGAGUUUGGGUGAAUUAAAAUUAAGAUUUAGAACCAACUUAACACAUCAUUUAUACAAUCAGUACCUGACUGGUUACACUUACUAUAAAAUGUCCAAUUUAGAUAAUAGAAUAGCCAAUGCUGAUCAAUUGUUAACAACUGAUAUUGAUAAAUUCUGUGAAAGUGCUACAGAUUUAUACUCGAACAUCAGUAAACCUAUAUUGGAUAUAUUCAUUUAUGUCUAUCGUUUAACUGUUAAUUUGGGUGGCAAGACACCUUCCAUAUUGAUGGUUUAUCUUUUGUUUGCUGGUGUUUUACUUACACACAUGCGUCGCCCUACUGGUCGUUUGACCGUUGAGGAACAAAAAUUAGAAGGAGAAUUCCGUUAUGUUAACAGCCGUUUAAUUACGAAUUCCGAAGAAGUGGCGUUCUAUCAGGGUAAUUCUCGUGAAAAAUUGACCUUAUUGGCCAGUUAUUCUAAGUUGCGUUCACAUUUGCGUAAAUUUUUGGAAUUCCGUGUGGGCAUGGGUAUUGUGGAUAAUAUUGUGGGCAAAUAUUUUGCUUCUGUUGUUGGUUUCUAUGCUGUAUCAAUUCCAUUCUUUACACCUAACCAUCCUUUGUUAUCGGGCGAAAAUCAGGGUCAACGUUUACAGGCUUACUAUACCUAUGGUAGAAUGUUAAUUAAACUGGCAGAGGCUAUUGGUCGUUUGGUGUUAGCUGGUCGUGAAAUGACACGUUUAGCUGGUUUUACUGCUCGCAUGACCGAAUUAAUUAAGGUAUUGAAUGAUCUCAAUAAGGGCACCUACGAACGCACCAUGGUCAAUAAUGUCAAUAAUAAACAUGAUAUGGGACCCGGCAAAGGUGAAAUGGUGUUUGUCGAUAAUAUAAUUAAAUUCGAAAAUGUACCAUUAGUAACACCAAAUGGUGAUGUUUUAGUCAAAGAUUUGACCUUUGAAGUAAAGUCUGGCACGAAUGUAUUAGUCUGUGGUCCAAAUGGCUGUGGUAAAUCUAGUUUAUUCCGUAUUUUGGGUGAAUUGUGGCCAACAUGGGGUGGUAAAGUAACUAAACCACAAAGAGGCAAACUAUUCUAUAUUCCUCAAAGACCUUACAUGACAUUGGGUUCAUUAAGGGAUCAGAUUAUUUAUCCUCAUACCCGUGAUGAUAUGCGUCGCAAUGGCAAAACCGAUGAAGAUCUUAUGCAAUACUUGGACAUCGUACAACUAACCUAUCUGGAACAGCGCGAAAAUGGUCUGGAUGCCAUUGAGGAUUGGAUUGAUGUGUUGUCGGGCGGUGAGAAACAACGUAUUGCCAUGGCUCGUCUCUUCUAUCACAGUCCCCAGUUUGCCAUUUUGGAUGAGUGCACCAGUGCUGUGUCAGUCGAUGUCGAGGGUAAAAUGUACAGUUAUUGUCGUGAGGCUGGCAUUACAUUAUUCACCGUAUCACAUCGUAAAUCAUUGUGGGUUCAUCAUGACUACUUUUUGCAAUUUGAUGGUCGUGGCCAUUACGAAUUCGGUCGUAUCGAUCAGGAUAAGGAACAAUUCGGUUCAUAAGCACAAUAUAGUUAAGACGGCGAACAACAACAACAACAACAACCACAGUAAUAAUAAUCAUUUUAUGAAAGUAAUCCCAAAAACACCACCUGAUUGAUGUCAUUUAUGUUUGUAAAUGAUGUUGAUGUUUGAAAGUGUUUGAUGUAUCAGGUUAAAGGAGAACAUCGCUAAUAUAAAAAUGUUGUUGCUAUUUCAUAUCAACGACAACAACAUAUAUGACUAUCAUAUAGUGGCCAAUAUAUUAUUUUUAUUCCAAAAAUAAUAGUUUAUAACAAAUUUCCAUUUUUUUAUUAUAAUUUUUAUAGCUUUAUUCUAUAAAAGAAUUUUUACUUUGAAUUAAAUAUUGUAAAACGAAUUGUUAAUAUUUGAUUUGGAUUUUAACAUAUAUAGACUUUCCUAAGUUAGUAGAUUAUUAUUAAAAACAAACAAAAAAAAAAACAACCAGUUUUGGGUAUACAAACGUAAAGUGGGAAAUAAAAAUAAUUAAAUUAUUUUAUUUCUUUUAGAGUUUCUUUAACUCACCCAGCCUUAACUAAAAAUGUACAUCCAUACCUAUUCCAAUGGUAGUUCCUUCCUUAACGAUUACCUUUUCUUAGUUAAAACAACAAUUCUGCAACUUUUUCUUCCUCAAUGAAUAAAAAAGAAAACCUAUUUUGUUUUACUAUUAAAUAGCUUUAUUAUAUUUACAUUUGCAAUCUUGUAUAAUUGGUGCUGGUUGUAUUUUAGAAAUGAAGUAAAUUUGCUAUUAAAUAUUAUAAAAAAAAUUUAGUCUAAUCCUUUUCAUAUUACUAUAUAUAGUACAUACACACACAGUCAAAGUGUGAAUUGACAUUUUUUUUUACAAAUCUAAAAUUUGCUUGCAAAAUUGAAAUUAUUAUUAUUAUUUUAUUCUCAACAAGUUAUAAAUAUAAAAUGUAUGUAAAUUUUAAAGAAAACGAACAAUAAAUU